UUUUGACACAAGAGAAUGUAGGGUUAGAAUUCAUAUGAUUCGUACAAACUCUUUAAUCUUUUUCAACUGAUCAACUAUCAACCGUGAAAUUUUGUCAAUUAAGCUUAACAAGCUUUAUUCGGUUGGAAUACAAGCACAAUCAAUUUAUUUUCUACCGAAAAUUUGUUGGGUGGUUAGUAUCACAAGUGGAUUGAAAAUACUCAACCAUGGCUUUGAGAACUUACGGAGAUAAGCCAAUUAGUUUCCAAGUUGAGGAAGGUGGAGAAUAUUAUUGCAUUGGAUCUGAAGUAGGCAAUUACCUGCGCCUCUUUAGAGGUUCACUAUACAAGAGAUAUCCUGGCAUGUACAGAAGAUCAAUCACAAAUGAUGAAAGAAAAAAACUCGUCGAGCUGGGUCUUAGUCAACAUGUUCUUGCCUCCAGUGUUUCCCUUCUCCGAGCCAGUGAAGUUGAAGAUAUAAUUGAAGGUAAUGAUGACAAGUACAAAGCUGUAUCGGUACAUUCUACAGAACCACCAGCCCCUCGGGAAGGCAAAACCAAGAAAUCUAUGGCAUGGGUUCCAAGUUUACCAAACAGUUCACAUUUGGAUGCAGUUCCUCAAGCGACCCCAAUCAAUAGAAAUAGGGUGCACAAUAAAAAAGUCAGAACUUUUCCAUUAUGUUACGAUGACACUGACCCAUCAUCGAAUUUGGAAAACGCUGCGCAACAAGAAGUCUUGGUUCCAAUUCGCUUGGACAUGGAAAUAGAAGGUCAAAAAUUACGAGAUACGUUUACGUGGAAUAAAAAUGAAAGUAUUAUUUCUCCAGAACAGUUUGCCGAAGUUUUAUGCGAUGAUUUGGAUCUGAAUCCAUUGACUUUUGUGCCUGCCAUAGCUCAGGCAAUUAAACAACAAAUAGAAGCAUUUCCUCAAGAAGCAGUUUUGGACGAACAAAGUGAUCAAAGAGUGAUUAUAAAAUUAAAUAUUCAUGUGGGCAAUACAUCAUUGGUGGACCAAGUUGAAUGGGAUAUGUCGGAAAAGGAAAAUAAUCCUGAAAAAUUUGCAAUGAAGCUGUGUGCUGAACUCGGACUUGGCGGGGAAUUUGUCACUGCUAUUGCCUACAGUGUGAGAGGUCAAUUAUCAUGGCACCAGCGCACAUAUGCAUUCUCAGAAGCACCACUACCAACAGUAGAAGUACCUUUCAGACCACCUUCGGAGGCUGACAUAUGGGCUCCUUUUCUGGAAACCCUGACAGACGCCGAGAUGGAGAAAAAAAUACGGGACCAAGAUAGAAACACAAGACGUAUGCGUAGAUUAGCAAAUACUACACCAGGCUGGUAAAACUUGAAUGUGGUCUGAAAAAGCACUCUUACACAGGGAUUCAAACACUUGAAAACUUGA